CUGAAUUGCUUCCCGUUUUGACUGUUAGGAGGGAAGUGGACGAUGUGUUGUGUUGGGGGGCCGCAGAUCGGCAGCUGAUGUCCGGAACAGAGUGUGGGGGGCGAGAGGUUAUUGGCCCUACAAAUAGAUCGGAUCCAUCAUCAUGUCUAUAGACUUUGACACGGGAGCGCUGCAGACCCAGCAGAAUGACAAUGAGGAGUAUGACCCGGAGGACUAUGCCCGGGAACAGUUGUUACAACAGUUAUUAACUGGCCUUCCCCAUGAUAUGCUUGAUGAUGACAGCCUCUGCUCAGCUUCAGAACCCAACUACAGUGAUUGUAGUGACCAUGAAUUAUCAGAACAUAAUGAACCCUGGCACCCAGAAACACAAUGGGGGGAUAAUGGAAAAACGUCCGACCGCCAAAAUCAAUAUCCAGGUAAAGCAGUUGCGCCACAGUAUAUGGAGCAGCAAAUGGGACCUCUGAGAAGUGAAGCGGGAGGAGAUGAAAUGCGCAAUGGGUGGGCAGCCCAACAUGGUGAUGAUGAGGAAAUCUUUACAGAUAAAUAUAACAAUUACAGAAAACCUAUAACUGAGGAGUCCAAUGUGGGAAGCUUCCAUAGUGACGAUCAUUAUGAUGGACCUGACCAUUCCACAGGUGACCUGUAUCAUCUUCCCGCGGACUUUCAGCCGUACACCAAUGGAGGAUAUCAGAUCACUGAAAACUUUGCAGAGGCCAGUCACAAGCAGAAUCAGAUGUACACUGCUCCGCAAGGAAACGGCGACCAUCCUGAAGACUCGAUCCCAGUGCGGUACAACCCAUACCAGAUAAAUGGCGCUCAUAAAGAUGUAAUACCAGAUGCAGCAAGAAGACUUGACAAUUAUGAAGACCUUCAAAAAGAGUUCCUGGAUACUGGGGAAUGUACUUCUGGUAAUAUGCAGUUUAUACAAUUACAAGUCCUUUACAAAGCAAAAGGAAGACAACUUGAAGAAUUUGGUGCAAAACUGGACGAAAGUGAACGGCAACUGAGAUACCUCAAUCAUCAGCUUGUGAUAGUUAAAGAUGAGAAGGAAGGAUUGGCCAUCAGCCUUCAGGAGUCCCAGACAUUGCUUCAGAAUUCCAGAGAAAUGGAGCUUCAGCUGAGGGGACAGAUGGCUGCCCUGCAGAACAACGUGGAUGGAUUAACCUCUAAUGAUGAACAGUUGAGGAAGGAAUUAAAGGUUGCCAAGCUUGCAAUGGAGAGCAUGCAGCAGCAAGUUAUGGACCUGCGGCGCUCUGACUCAAUAAACAGAGCACGGGAACAGCAUGAGAUGGUUGUGUCAACGCUUAAAAGGAAGCACGAGGAACAAAUUCUUAUGUUGCAACAGAGACUGGAUGAGAUUAAUGCAGCUUUCCAAGAACAGAAAGAGUGUUGUAGUCGACUAGAGGAGCAACUGAAACGGUCUGAGAGGAAGGGUGAAGAAAGCAAACUCGAAAAAACGGAAAUGAUCAAUCGCUUAUCCAGGAGUCUUGAGGAAAGUCAGAAGCAAUGUGCCAAUCUUUUACACACAGGUUCGAUCCAGGAGGCUUCACAGUUAAGAAUGCAGCUUCAGCAAUUACAGUCAUCAAAAACCAUUAGUGAUGGAAUGAAUAAGGCACUGCAGGAGGAAAUAAAUGAACUUAAAGAACAAAUCACAAUGUAUGAAUCUGCUGCUAAACUGGGGGUUUUCCUUGGUGCAGAAGAGCAAGAAGAAUUCUCUGACUCCUACAGGGAUUUGGGUAUCAAGAAAGUUAACUGGCAAAAGUCUCGAUUCCAAAGGUCACUGCGCACUAAUGGUGUCCGAAAAGACCUUCCAUCUGAUGCUGUCAUUACAGAGCUGAAAACAGAGCUGGAGCGUUGCAUGAGCAGCAACAAAGCCAAACGUCAGCAGAUUAUGCAGCUCCAGUCUGAUCUCAAGGGUUAUCAGUCAAAAACUGAGGAACUCAAGAAGCUACUUGAAAGGGCUGAAAAAGAAGUCAAGGACUGUGAAGUCAGACCAGGGAACUUUGAUUGCAUGGAUCCACACAGAUCCACAGAGCAAGAGAGUCAGGAGAUUCAAAGGCUGCUGGAUGAGAAUCGGAAGCUUCAGCAAGAAGUUGAGAAACAUUUGUUGCAUAUCGAUGAGCUCACAGCAAAUGAAGAGAAAUUGAAGGCAGCAAAUCAGCAGCUCUGUAGUGAAAUGCGAGAAAUGAUUCAAGAUUUUGAUAUAGAUAAGAAGGAAUCCAUUGAGAGGUGCGAGCGAACGUACGAACAGCAUCAUGAAGACAUUAAGAAUCAUUUAAGAAUGGAGCUCAGCGAGAAGCUUGAAGCUGAAAAAGUCCAGUUGAGCCAGUCCUACGAGAUGAACAUUUCCCAGUUACAAUCACAAAUGAAUGAAUUGUCCAAUGAGAUGACUGCAGUACAGGAGUGUUACAUAGCCAUGUGUAAAGAGAAGGAUACCCUGGAGGACACCAUCCGUGAGAAUCUGAGGAAGGAAUUCCAGCUAAAUGAAGAAAAGUGGAGAGAUCAGCUGCUGGAGGAAAAAGAACAUUUGUUGCAGUCUUUGAAGAGGGAGUUAGAAGAUAAACACCAGUCUGAAUUGGCGGUGAUGAAGGCACAAGGGCAGAGAGAAAAGGAGGAAGAAAUUAAGAGGCAAACUGAAAUUCAUUUGGCUUUGGCAAAAGAAGAUUGGAUAAAGGAGCAGCAACAGGCAACUGCAAUUAAAAUUCAAGAUAUUGAGAAUCAGUGGAAACACAAGCUGGAUAACGCUUUAAAACAUGCCAGAGAGACGUUGAUGCAGCGUUUAGAAGACUGUGCUGUACAGACUGAGCAAUCAUUAAUUGUACAAUCUGUGCUAGAAACUGAACAGCUGGAGGAUCUGAAGAUGAAACUCGGCAAUGCUAUGCUAGAGAAAGAGAAGGCCGUCCAAAAGGCUUGUAUGGAGCUGGAAAUAAAGCAUUGGGAGGACAUUUCCACUCAGGUGGAGUUGGCCUUAACAAAAGGUCGUGCCAGAUGGCUGCAAGAACUUGCCAGCUUACCUGAAUACAAAACAAACUUGCAGAUUGAGAAAGAUAAAUGGGAGAAGCUUAAUAAUCUCAAUAUUGAAAAGCAGAUAUCAGAUGCAGUUGCUGCAGCGGAAGAUAAAUGGAAGCUCGAGUCUGAAAAAAGUCAACACAAAGAAUGUGAAGAGAAAAUUGCAGCAUUACAGCGGGAAUCGGACAUGAAGGCCGAGGAGUUUGAAGCUCAGAUGAAAGUUGAAGUCGGGAAGGCACGUGCUCAGUGGAGCAAAGAGAAGCAAGAAGAAGUCCAAGCCGUUCAGGCACAAAAUGAGAAAGAUUUCCGCACCUUCUUGGACGAUCAUAGGACCAAAAUCAGCGACGUGCUUCAUACAGCAAAAGCUGAUUUUGAAAAGCAGAGAAAUGAACUCCUCGCUCAGAAAGAAGCAGCAAUGACGGAACAAUUUAAUAAGAGCCUCAAACUGCGCAUUUCUGAAGAAUCAAAGCGUUUGUAUGAUCACGAUAAUGAGAUCCUGUCUGAAAUCGAGAACCUUAUGUCUGAGAUCCACGAUGAACUGGUUGAAAAAUGUAAAAGGAACGAACGCUUGUCGCAUGCAACCGGCAGCUUAGAGGCACAAUUUCUGCAGAAGUUAAGAUCUUAUCUUCAGAGAUCAGUUAAAGGGAUUGUUUACAAAAUAGUUUCAAAUGCAAAACAGGGGAUGAAGCCGAAAGCUGAUGAAAAUGAGACUUCUCGUGAUUCUAGUGUCUUAAGAGGGAAGGAAAGACUUCAUCCUGAAGGUGCACAGAAAAAUCCAAAAAGGAUUCUUACAGAAAAUUUGGCAAAUGGACAUUUACAGACGAUGCUGACCGUAGAUCCUCCGCUAAAGAAGAAAAGUGAAAGCUCUGAAUUUGGUUGCUGCGAGAAUUGCCAGAAACCACUGGAGAAGUCCAAGAAGGAGUGCCAGGAGCUGCGGAAUAAACUGGACAAAGCAUGCCGCCAUCUUCAACAGGCAGUCAAAGAGCAAAAGCUCAGAAUGGAGCAAUUUAAAGAAAAUGAAACCAUUGUCCAAACUCUAAAGAUAGAAAACCUUGACCUGCAGAAAAAGCUUGAUGAAAAAUCUGUCAACCCCAAAGAAAGUUCUUCACCAGAAGAGGGUUCCGAGAAGGGCUGUGAUAUGUGUAAAGGAAAGGCUUUAGAAGAGAUGCGUUCUCAGUAUAUCAAAGCUGUGGACAAAAUAAAAAGUGACAUGCUUCGAUAUAUUCAUGAAAGCAAAGGAAGGGCUGCUGAAAUGUUGAAGUCGGAAGUUUUAAAAGAACGUCAAGAAACGGCACGAAAAAUGCGGAAAUAUUACUUAACCUGUUUGCAGCAGUUAUUAAAGGAUGAUGGAAAGAAUGAGGGUGCUGAAAAGAAAAUCAUGAAUGCGGCAAGCAAGCUUGCAACUAUGGCCAAAGUUCUGGAAACUCCCAUCUCUCACAAAACUCAGAGCAGAAACUUCAGAGUAGCUCCUGUACAGAUUGGAAAUAAAACUGAGCAUGAAAUGGCAAAAUCUGUGAAUGCUCAGAUUUGUGUAACUGACAGACUAAAGACACCAAUCACAGAGCAAAGAACGAUUGAUGAACUGAUUAGGAGACAUAUGAAAGAGAAGCUUGAUGGAAGCAUAUUCCCGACUGUGGACACAUCAGCCAGCAAACAAGAUGAAAUAUCAAGGCAGCUCAGAAAGGACUGUACCAUUGCUCCACCAGUAUGUACAUUGCCUCUAGAAGAGGGCCGUACUUUAAACUGUACGGGUUCAGAUGCAGAGUCCAACCAGAGGCCUUUUCAUGGCCGCAGCGAGCCCUCUUUUUUACAGGGCUUAAAAUCUUUUGACUGCCAGGAUCAUCUUAAGGCCAAAGGAUCCAGGAGACGGUUUGAACUUCAAGAAACUCCAGUGCGGGAUAACGGAGACAAUGGUUGGGGCUUGGUCAGUGGCAAAGGUCUCUUCCCAUCACAAAGCCCUUUAACCAGCAUGAAAGUGCCGUCUUACAAUCUGGACGCUGGAGGGAAACUUUCAGCAGCAGGUUUAUUUUCUCAUGCAGAGGAAAGUCGUGAUGCCUUUGGCAGCAGAUAUGAAGGUCAGAAUCACUCUGCUCACAUUGCAAAGAGAAGAGAUCAGACUCCCAGUACAUGGCAUUCUAGUAAAAUCACGGGCCAUCCGCCCACAUCUGUUGAGUCAGGGCCAUACUCCGAUGUAGGUCGAGACAACCAACUACCUCAACGAACAUUAUUGAAGGAUUUUGCCACUCCACCGCAAGACAGUGGCUUUGACAGUCCGUUCCCUGAUGUAAAUAGUUUUAAAUGACACUGGUGUGCUAUAUAGUUAGUUUUUUUUUAAUUUUCAAAAAACAUUUAUUUAUUUUUUGACAUGCGUGUAUAUA